AUGGCUGCUGUGCCACUCAGGUCUCCAGGCCUCAGCGUCAGCACAGGACUCCCAGCCACUCAUCCACACAGGUCCUCUGGUGCCCAAGUAGGUCCACCACCAUCAGCACCAGCACAGAGACUGCUGGCCACCCACCCAUGCAGGAUUCCCAGCCGCUGCCCACGUCCAGGAAUUCCAGCCGCCACUCACAUCCUUAUAAUCCCAAUGAAAGUUGGUUUGGGACAUUUCUUUCAUAUAAAGGGAAUUGUAGAGACCAUCUCCUGGAAUGAAUCAAUAAGUGAAGCAAAUCACUCUGUGGUGACUGAGUUCAUUUUCCUUGGACUCUCCAAUUCUCAGGAACUCCAGAUUUUCCUGUUUCUGUUCUUCUUUGUUUUCUAUGUAGGAAUUGUGUUUGGAAACCUUCUUAUUAUCAUAACAGUGGCUUCGGACUCACACCUUCACUCCCCCAUGUACUUCUUGCUGGCCAACCUCUCACUCAUUGAUCUGUCUCUGUCUUCAGUCACAGCCCCCAAGAUGAUUGCUGACUUUUUCAGAACACGCAAAGUCAUCUCUUUCAAGGGCUGUCUGGCACAGAUAUUUCUUCUUCACCUCUUUGGUGGGAGUGAGUUGGUGAUCCUCAUCGCCAUGGCCUUUGAUAGAUAUACAGCAAUCUGUAAACCCCUACGUUACACUACAAUUAUGUGUGGCAAUGUGUGCGUUGGCAUUGUAGCCGCUGCAUGGGGGAUUGGUUUCCUUCACUCAGUGAGCCAGUUGGCCUUUGCAGUGAACUUACCCUUCUGUGGUCCCAAUGAGGUGGAUAGCUUUUACUGUGACCUCCCUCGGGUAAUCAAACUUGCCUGUACAGACAUUUACAGGUUGGAUAUAAUGGUCAUUGCUAACAGUGGUGUGCUCACUGUGUGUUCUUUUGUUCUCCUAAUCAUCUCCUACACCAUCAUCCUAAUGACCAUCCAGCGUCGCCCUUCGGAUAGAUCAUCCAAGGCUUUGUCCACUUUGACUGCUCACAUCACAGUAGUUCUUUUGUUUUUUGGACCAUGCAUCUUCAUUUAUGCCUGGCCAUUCCCUGUCAAGUCAUUAGAUAAAUUCCUUGCUGUGUUUUAUUCUGUGGUCACUCCUCUCUUGAACCCAAUUAUAUACACACUGAGAAACAAAGACAUGAAGACUGCAAUGAGACGGCUAAAAGGAUAUUUUGUACAUGUGCUUCAGGCCCUCAGAGGAAACCCAGAUUUCCAUCACCAGUAA